AUGGCAGACGCAUCACCCUCUCCCCCUCCCAAGACAAUGCGAGCAUGGCAAUACUCCUCCACCAGCGGCGGCCUGGAGAAGAACCUCAAAAUCAAUCCCUCCGCCGCCCUCCCAAAACUAAAGCCAAACCAACACCUCGUCCGCAUCAGCGCCAUGGCCCUGAACCCCGUGGACUACAAACCCGCUCAAAUCCCCGGGGUCGCGCGCCUGGCCGUCGGCCUCCCCGCCACCCCCGGCAUCGACUUCUGCGGCCGACUCAUCACGCCCGCCAAGGACUCCCCGCUGAAGGCCGGACAGAUGGUGUUUGGGUGCGCGGGCAACAACCCCGUCGCGGGGGGCGCGCUGGGCGAGUACGCCGUCGCCGGGUUGCAGGCGGUGGCGGCACUGCCUGAGGGGAUGGAGGUGGUGGAUGCGGCGACGGUUGGGGUGGCGGGGACGACGGCGUAUCAGAGUAUUGUGCCGCGGGUGAAAGCUGGGGAUCGGGUUUUCGUGAAUGGUGGCAGCGGGGGCGUGGGGGUGUUUAGCGUGCAGUUUGCGAAGACGAUGGGGUGUUAUGUCGUGGCGACGUGUGGGACGGGGAAUGUGGAGUUUGUGAAGGGUUUGGGGGUCGAUCGGGUGGUGGAUUAUCGGACGGAGAAUGUGGUGGAGGUGUUGAAGGGGUUGAGGGAGAAAGAGGGUGGGUUUGAUCAUGCGGUUGAUAAUGUGGGGACGAAUGAGGAGUUGGUGUUGGGGUGUCAUGAGUUUAUGAAGAAGGAGGCUUCAUAUGUGAUUGUCGGGGGAGAACCGACGUUGCAGGGACUGAAGGAUAUCUUGAAGAGAAAGCUGUUGCCUGGUUUCUUGGGGGGCGUGAAGGGGAAGGUGGAAGGCUUCUUUCCGGCGCAUAAGACGGAAGAUUUUGAGAAGAUGGCUGAGUGGAUGACGCAGGGGAAGGUGAAGGCAGUCAUUGAUUCUAGGUUCAAGUAUGAGGAGGCUGUGAAGGCGUUCGAGAAGUUGAAGACUGGAAGGGCGCGGGGAAAGAUUGUGGUGGAUGAACCGAACUCAAGACUUUUGUUACUUAAACAAGGCGUGAUCAUGGCCAAAGGUGAUCCUUUGGGGUGUGGUGGCUGCGAUUCAGGCUCCGAACAUCUCAACAAGGAUAAAUGUCGCGAGAUGAACGAAAAUAUGAUCCUGGAAGAAAGGGCCAAAUUCAAAGAGGCACAACAGUCUUAUGGGCGCCAAUACGACGAGCCACUCACGAGAUUAGUGAAUGCCGUCAGAGCAAACGAUGAAGAGGCAAAAGCAGCAGCUAAGAAAGAUUUCGGCGAACUAAGUGAUGAGAUGCGCAAAUUUGUGUACGACCACAAUGCGCAAGAGAGGCUAAGGGUAUAUAUUCUCUGCUCGUCAAGAGAGUCUUUCUAG